AUGAAAAAGAGUUGGUUGACAGUAUCACGAAAUUUGGAAACGUAUACAGAUGGAAUUAAUUUGUUUUUGGAUCAAGCAGUUGCAAAUGGUGUUGGCCCCGAUAAGUUUAGAUGUCCUUGCAAAAGAUGUUGUAAUCAAUAUACUUUUGUUAGAAAAACUAUUGUCGAACAUCUUGUGUUGUAUGAUAUGGAUAAAGAUUACAAAAAUGCUUCGUGGCGACAUCAUGGGGAAUCUUUCAUGGGAGAGCAAAAUAUGGGGAUUGGAGAAGAAGGUGUUGGGCCAUCUAUUGAAACAGAAGAUCGGUUGACUGGUAUUCAUGAUGUUCUUAAUGAGGUAUUUGUCCAACCAUUAACGGAAGAAGGUAUUGGGCCGUCUACUGAGCCCCUUUCUGGGGAAGAGCGUCCGAAAGAGGUCGAGACUUUUAAGUUGCUUGAAGAGGCAUAUCAAGAUUUGUGGCCAGGUUGUAAAGAAUUUAAAAAAUUGGAGGCAAUUGUAAGAUUGUAUCAGAUUAAGUGUAUAGCAAGAAUGUCGGAUGGGAUCUUCACCAAGUUACUCGAGUUAAUUAAAAAAAUGUUGCCUGAUGGAGAUUGUUUGCCUGAAUCUUGUUAUAAGGCAAAAAAACUUAUAAAUGACUUGGGUCUGACGUAUGUGAAGAUUGAUGCGUGUCCUAAUAAUUGCAUGAUUUAUUGGAAAGAAACUGCAGAGUUGACCGCAUGCUCACGGUUGUAUAUGUCGAAGCAUACGGCUGAGCAUAUGAGGUGGCACACAACUGAAUGUCCUAAGGAUGGGUUUAUGAGACAUCCUUCAGAUUCUCCAACAUGGAAGCAUUUGGAUAAUUUAUAUCCGGAGUUUGGAUCAGAAAUUCGAAAUGUUCGAUUGGGGUUGGCCAGUGAUGGAUUUAAUCUUUUUGGAAAAAUGAGGCAAGACCAUAGCACAUGGCCUGUGGUGCUUUCAGUUUACAAUUUACCACUCUGGAUGUGUAUGAAACAACCAAAUUUGUUGUUGUCUCUGUUAAUACCAGGACCACGCAGCCCCGGUAAAGAGAUUGAUGUGUACAUGCGUCCAUUGAUUGAUGAGUUGAAUGAGUUGUGGGAGGUGGGCACUCCUACUUAUGAUGCGUAUUUCAACCAAAAUUUUCCUAUGAAGACUGCCGUCUUAUGGACUAUAAGUGAUUUUCCGGCUUAUGGAAUGUUAUCAGGAUGGAGUACACAUGGAUAUAAAGCAUGUCCACAUUGCAUGCAUGAUAAAGAAUCUAUUUAUUUGCCGGCGAGUCGUAAGAUUUGCUAUUUAGGGCAUCGACGCUUUCUUCCUGCUGAUCAUAGGUUUCGAAGGCAAACCACAUCUUUUGAUGGUCGACGAGAGCAUCGUAAUGCACCAAGGCAGUGGACUGGUUUACAAUGUCUUGAAGAACUUUGUACUUUGAGAUUUAUUUUUGGAAAACCAAAGAAAGAUACUUCGGUUGGGCAACGUAGAAAACGAACUGAGAGCAGCACAAGUAGUAAGAGUCAGUGGAAGAAGAAAUCUAUUUUUUAUGAACUACCUUAUUGGAGACAUUUGUUGAUUAGACACAAUCUUGAUGUUAUGCAUAUUGAAAAAAAUAUAUGUGACAAUGUAGUGGGAACAUUGUUAGAUAUGGAUAAAAAGUCUAAGGAUGGAUUGGCUGCACGUGCAGAUCUUGAAAUCUUGAACAUAAGACAUGGACAACAUCCACGUAGGGAAGGAAAUAGAACAUUUCGACCUCCAGCAUUGUUCACGUUGAAAAGAGAAGAAAAAACUGCAUUUUGUGAAGUGUUGGCUACUAUUCGGGUUCCCGAUGGUUAUUCAUCAAAUUUGUCACGAUGUGUGCAUGUGAAUGAACGAAAAAUACAUGGAUUGAAAAGCCAUGAUUGUCAUGUUUUAAUGCAGCAGUUACUCCCGCUUGCAAUACGUGCGGUUUUGCCUAAAUCAGUUACUAUGAUAUUAUUAGAGUUGAGUGCAAUUUUCAGACAAUUGUGUAGCAAGAAGGAGUCCAAGGAAGGUUUCAAGCAAUUGAAUUCAAGAAUUGCCUUGACAUUAUGUCAAUUGGAGAAGAUAUUCCCGCCUGCAUUUUUUGAUGUAAUGAUGCACCUCCCAGUUCACUUGGCAGAUGAAGCCGCUAUUGCAGGGCCUAUUCAAUAUAGAUGGAUGUAUCCAAUUGAACGGUUUUUGCAAACACUGAAGCAUUAUGUUCAUAAUAAGGGUCAUCCUGAAAGUUCUAUUGCUGAAGCAUAUUUGGUGGAUGAGUGCUUGUCCUUUUGUUCCUUGUAUCUUAGAGAUGUCGAGUCUCGUCGCACUCGUAGAGGUCGAAAUGAAGAUGGUAUUGGACGUGGAGUAUCUGGUGGGUUAUCAAUAUUUUCCUCUAAAGGAUGUUAUAUGGGUUCAGGAGAAAAUGUGGAGCUUGAGUUAAAUGUUCUUGAUCAAUGCCACAUAUACAUUCUAAAUAAUUGUGAUGAGGUCAGCCCAUUUAGAAGGCAACAUGAGGAAUUCUUGAAAAAUCAACAUCGUCGAGCAAGGCUAACAAUUCGACAAAUCAAAAAACUAAGCAAGAAGGAAUUUCCAGAAUGGUUCAGGCAACAUAUUAAUUCAAGAUGUCAUGCUAAUGACAACUUGAUAUCUGAAGACUUGCGUUGGCUAGCCAAUUAUCCUAGGGUUGUGACGAAAUAUAAAAGUCACAUUAUUCAUGGGUUUAGAUUUCGUACAAAAUCUGUGGACGAUAAACAUAAGAAUCAAAAUUGUGGUGUCUUUGUACCUGCAAAUGUCCCUGGUGCAAUUGGGCAAGUGAAUUGUUAUGGCAGAGUCAUAGACAUGUUUAAGCCGAGAGAUUUAUUUGACGUAUUGGAGGAUAAUGAUGCACUUGAUGAUUAUGCCAUACCUGAUUUGGAUGAUCGUUUACUUGACAAUGAAAAUUUGCAUACAAGGGUUGGCGUGGAAGAGACUCCUUUUCACGAAGUAUUACCGUUGCCUACCCAGUUCCCUGAUUUUGUCAAUGUCGUCGAUGAUCUAACAGAAGAUGAAAUGGAAUAG